UUGAACUAGUGCCAUCGUAUUACUACUGUUGUGCACAAUCUUUUGAGCAAGAGGUGAACAUGGACAAACGCUCGUUUACAGUUUAUGUGUUGAUUGUAGCACUUUGUGCAUUGGUGCUCUUUGGCACUGCUUUUUGCGCACUUGCUUUGAGAAGUGGUGGCAUUUUAACAGCAAAGCCAGGAGUGUGCCCUGUCAGGAAAUAUAUACGUGCAGACUGUACUGAAUCUUGCUCUAAAGACAGUGACUGCCCGGAUAAUGAGAAGUGCUGCUCCAACGGAUGUGGACAUGAAUGCAUGCCUCCAGUCAUAGUGAAGCCAGGAUUGUGUCCUCGCAGACGCUUGGAUGACAGACGGUGUGCUGUAACUUGCUCUUAUGACACUGACUGCCCCAAUCAUGAGAAGUGCUGCUUCAGUGGAUGUGGUCGUCAGUGCAUGGAGCCCUACCCAGUCUGGCCGGCGGCCACCGUUUGAGGGCCCCACAUGUGUGCUGAGUAGUAGUAUCAUGAUGAUCAGGGUCCAGGACAUCAGAAGUGCUGUGAUCGCCUGCAGUGAGCUCUGCUGAUUAAAAAUCACUUUUUUCUUUCUUUAAUGUGAUUAAGACUUUCUGUUUCUGGUGAUAAUCAUGUCUUAUUUUUUCAAACUGACACUUUUUCUUACAAAGAAAAAGCAAUCUGUUGGGAUUAUUUUCUUGUUCUCUUAUUUACAACAUGCAAUCUUACUUCAGUGUGAACAACACUGUAUUCAAGAAACAGUGUUUGACUAUGAAUAGUAUAUCUGUUCUAUUUCUAAUUAAAGAGUUAUAGAUUGAU